AUGCUGACCCUCUGGGCCCUGGUCAUCACACUGGCUGCCCAGGCAGCAGCAGUUGACCCGCUGAGCCUUCCUUCUGGGUUGCCAAAUCUUUCUGGAGGAAGACCCAUUCUACAAUCCGGACAGUUCCUCAGAUAUCCCCCAGUUGCAGGAAGCUCUUCCUUUAGACAACGUCCACCCGUGACGCCCCCUGUGGAUAACCAACUGACGUCCAGCAGCAAACUCAAUGACUAUCUGAACAGCACUCUGCCCCCGCAGAUUGAGGAGAUGCUCAAGUGUGCAGAGGUGGACCUGGCUGGUUUGCUUGGGACAGUGUUAGAAACAGUAACCAACUUGGACUUGCAGUCUCUCUUAGACCUCACUUCCCCCCUCAAUAUCCUUGGUGGUGGUGGCCAGAGUGGUCCCCAGGACAAGGGGACCAGCAGCAAGUCCUCUAAUCUCCCAUUGCCAUCACUCUCAAAAGCUACUGAUGCUGUCAGUAACCUGAUACCCUUGGCCCAAGGGAUCUUGGGAAGCCUAUCAUCCAAUGGUGCAAAGAGGGAUCCUGGAAGAAAAGCUGGCUCUUCUCUCCUCUCUAACCUCCCCCUGAGUGGUGUGCUCAGCCAAGUCAGUGAACCCCUGAGUGGUGUGCUCAACACAGUGGGCGAGGUCACAGAAUCCACCGAGGGCAUACUGAACAGUGUGGUGCCGGGUGGCAUCAGUGAUGCACUCUCGGGCCUGCUCGGAAAUAUUAACCUGAAAGAUCUCCUGCUGGGAUUAGAGGUUCAAAAAGCAACGGUGGAGGACAUGAUGUCAGAGAUGACAGACCAAGAGAUCCUUGUCCAAGCCUCAACUACUGCCUUCAUUGGUGGAAAAGGCCUAGUAGGACCUGUUAUCAGCCUCCUGGGAUUUCAAGUGAAUGGGGACGUGACUCUGAAAAUUGGGAUUUCCACAAACAGCACCCAAUGUGUCAACCUCCAAGUCCAGGACAUUGACAUCAAGGUCAACAAAGUGUACCUUCAGUUGGUGAAGACGGUCACAGAUACUUUGCCUCUUUCUGUCCCUGUGCCCUUGGAUGACAUCAUUUCUCAACUGCUGACAGUUAAAUUGCAAGAAAAUUUGAAAGAAGCAAAAUCAUGUGACAUUGAUCUCAGUGAUUUCACCGAAUGCAAAAACUAGAGACCUUUGGGCAGCAAUCUAAACCCAGCACACCUGAUGCCAAAGAAUUGUCGAGAAUGA